GCAUAUCUCGUUUUUCUUUUAUUUUGCCAACUCCGCUCGGUUUUUCCUCUUUAAAAUCGAAUAUUUCACAUAUGUACACACUUUCGGCGGGUAUCUGGGAGAAAUUCUUCAAGAAAAAAGACUAUUAUGUGGUGAUAGUCGGUCUGGAUAAUGCUGGAAAAACUACGUUUCUGGAGCAAACAAAAUCUCACUUUGUAAAGGACUACGGGGUUCUGAAUCCAUCAAAAAUCACGGCGACAGUUGGUUUGAAUACUGGAAAUGUCGAGCUCAACAACACAUGUCUUCAUUUCUGGGAUCUCGGAGGCCAGGAGAGUUUACGAGAACUCUGGGCGACAUAUUACGACGAUGCAAAUGCCAUGAUUUUUGUUGUGGACGCAACAAGGAGCGAUCUCUUCCCAAUAGUAGCAUCUCAGUUUAAAGAAGUAAUGGCCAACGAAAUAGUUCAAAAUAUUCCAGUUUUAGUAGCGGUGAAUAAAAGUGAAAUGGAAGGAGCCGCCGCUGCCGCUGAGGUCCGAAUGCUGCUCGAAGACGACAAUCACCGCUCGGACCUUGCAGUUCUUCCGGUUUCGGCGCUAGAAGGAACAAAUAUCGAAAGAUGUGUUCACUGGAUCGUCCGAUCGUUGGCUAGCCAGCCAUUAUACCUUUAACCUCUCGGGUAGCUGUAUAUAAUAAUUAUAAUCUAUUGCAUACUGACAUGAAUAGAAGAAUCCUGUGAUGAUUUCCUAACCUCACUGCAACUUUUUUGAAUGAGGGACGAGGAAAUACGGUUUCUAGGCCACGGCCGGGGAUCCGACAAGAUUUAGCGGCAAUUUAUUUUGCUUUGUUUUCCGCGUUUUUUCUUUGGUUUUUCACCGAUUUUUCUCCCGUUUUUUUCUUAUUAACACUGAUGAAUAAAUAUUUUUUGCAGAUGCUAGAACAAUUUCCAACUGAAAAAUUGUGUAGCGAUGGAUUACGGGAAUACUAAACCUAAACUUUUUCCGAAUCAUGAAAUAUAUGCUGCUUAGAGGCUGAAACUACCUGAUUUUCAUAACGAGACCGCUGAAAAAGUUUUGAGAUUUUUAAAAUUCAACUUUUUUGGUGAAAAAGUCGAUAUUUUCGCACAAAAUGUUGAAUUUUAAAAAUCUCAAAACUUUUUUUCAGCGGUCUCGUUAUGAAAAUCAAGUAGUUUCAGCAUCUAAGCAGUAUAUAUAUCAUGUUUCGGAAAAAGUUUAGGUUUGGUAUGCCUGUAAUCCAUCAUAUUACAUUGAUCAUUUUCACCGCUUCUUGCCGAUUGUUCUAGCAUCUGCGAAAAAAUAUUUAUCCAUCAGUUUUAAUAGGAAAAACGGGAAAAAAAACUGUGAAAAACAAAAAAAAAAACAAGCGGAAAACAAAGCAAGAUAAAUUGCCGCUAAAUCUUGUCGGAUCCUCGGCCAUGGCCUAGAAACCGCAUUUCCUCGUCCCUCGUUUAAGAAAAGUUGCAGUGAACCCCUUCCCCUCUACCAUGUUUUAAUACGGUUUCGGCUGAUCUGACUUAUUACACAAAAAAAUGAUAUUAGUAUUUAAGUAUUAAAUAUUUUUGUUUAUAUCGUGCAAUAAAAAUUCUUUUUUUAA